CUCCUUUUAAAGUUGCGCAACAGAGCGAAGAGCAAUCCUGAACUCCAAGAUCAGCCAGCUUCAAAAUGGAUUAUUUUGCUUUAGAAAAAGAUUAUCCACUAAGUGCACUCUAAAUAUCAGUGAAAGACUGGGCUUGGUGAAGCCCCCACUGUUACAGUAAACCACUCCCGCUCCUGGAUUGGGCGUGCGUAAAGGAGCGCAGGUGUGAUUGUUUCCAUUUCCAGCGGAGAGUCUCCUCACGUAAAGUAGGAGUUUAAAAAAAGAAAAAGAAAAGGAGAUUGGACUUAGAAAGACCGAAUAAGACAGUGUACUUACCUUCGCCAGGUGCGUUUUGAAAAUAGAACAGCCCAGAAGUGCUGAAAGGAAAGGUGCGCCAAGAGAAACACGCAGGAAAAGUCACGGACACAAACGUCAGUUUGACACACGCACACUUGAGAAAGCAGAGCGGAUCAUCCAGAGUUUACACUUCCAAAAACCAAGUCCCACUUCACUGCCGGGAGGAAACUGCAGCAGAAGCCAUGAAGAAGUCUUCAUAUAGUACAGCACGAUCAGCCAGCGCUCGAGCGAGGAGAACAGAAAGAGAUGCUUCCAACAUCACAAGUCCCACGCUCAAACGGUCAUUCGAGGUGGAGGAAACGGACACGUCCACACAUCCGUCACCUCUGUCCCGCCGGACCACCAUCCCCCUCCGGGCAUCCACCUCCUCCACAUCCAGCCAGCGGAGCUACAACUCCGACUACUCCUCGUCCAGGACGAGCUCCGAGUCCUCCCAUCUGCGCUCCCCAAAGACUGGCAUGAGGCGCAUUGAGUUGUCAGGGGGCCGCAAUCUGGACACAGGGUCUUCCCGCCGCACAGAAAUGUCCAUUGAGGUCUCCUCCAAGCAGAUCGAUAACUCACCCAGUGCUGGCAUCGCCCGCUUCGGCCUCAGGCGACCGGAGGUCAGCCUCAACAGUCGGAGUACCCCUCUAGAUGGUAACUCCAAUUCAGUCUCCGGUGCUGCAAGCAGGCGGGCGGAGCUGAGCGUGACGCGGCCUCACGAGCCCCCCACCCCUCCCAGGAGGAUGGACACCCAGCUUUCGUCACCCAUGGUCUCGAGGAUCCCCGAACCCCCUCAGAGAAGAGCAGAGCCGCCGUCCACCAGCCCAGUGGAUGGGGCCUUUAAGAAACCAGAGGUGCCCAGCCUCAACCAGCCGGACGGUCUGGUGCCGGCCAGCCCGGUGGAGAACAACAGCAGCGACAGCAACCAUCACUCACCUGCCCCUGUCGCCCCGCUGCCCCCCUUGGUGGAGCCCCGUGUGGAGAGGGUGCAGUCACCCGUCCGGGAGCCGAGCGCAGCCCGGACCGCAGACAGGCCGGAGGUGUUUUCCAGCUACAGCAGCAGUGCCAUGUCUGAGGCAGCAGUGCCCGACGCCCUGGUGUCCCCGGCGGUGGGCGGUCUGUACGGGGAGAAGGCCGUGGGCCCCGCGGUGGACUUCAGCUAUGUUGGUAUCGAUGCCAUUCUGGAACAGAUGAGGAGGAAAGCCAUGAAACAGGGUUUUGAGCUCAACAUUAUGGUUGUAGGGCAGAGCGGCCUGGGAAAGUCGACUCUGAUGAACACGCUGUUCAAGUCCAAAGUCAGCCGCAAGUCGGUGUUGGCUACAGCCCAGGAGAAGAUCCCCAAAACAAUUGAAAUCAAGUCCAUCAGUCAUGACAUCGAGGAAAAGGGAGUGAGGAUGAAACUGACGGUCAUUGAUACGCCAGGCUUUGGAGACCAGAUCAACAAUGAGAACUGCUGGCAGCCCAUCAUGAAGUUCAUUAACGAUCAGUACGAGGCGUACCUGCAGGAGGAAAUCAACAUCAACAGAAAGAAGAGGAUUCCAGACUCCAGAGUCCACUGCUGCAUAUACUUCAUCCCACCGACCGGGCACUGUCUGCGGCCUCUUGAUGUCGAAUUCAUGAGGCGUCUUAGUAAGGUGGUCAACAUCGUCCCAGUCAUCGCAAAGGCGGACACACUGACGCUGGAGGAGAGGGACUUUUUCAAAAAGAAGAUCAGAGAGGAGCUGCGCGCCAACGGGAUUGACGUGUAUCCACAGAAGGAAUUCGACGAGGACGCGGAGGACAGAAUGAUAAAUGAAAAAAUCAGGGAAAUGAUCCCGUUUGCAGUGGUGGGCAGUGAUCAGGAGUACCAGGUCAAUGGCAGGAGGCUGCUGGGGAGGAAGACCAAGUGGGGCACCAUUGAAGUUGAGAACAUCGCCCACUGUGAGUUUGCCUAUUUACGAGAUCUCCUCAUCAGGACCCAUAUGCAGAACAUUAAAGACAUCACCAGCAGCAUCCACUAUGAAAUGUACCGCGUGAGGCGCCUCAACGAGAACAACACAAUGGUGGCCCACGCCAACGGCAUCCCCGAGCAUCAUCUUUCCGCCCACGAAAUGUAGACGCCACCUGCUCACUCUCCGAGCGACUUCGGUCUUCAGCGAGUCUUCCCACCACUCCGGCCCUCCGUCUCACAGGUGGGAGAGAAACAUUAGAAGCCCGCCAGAGGAACUUUCUUUUUCGGUGACGAUCGGCGGCUAGAUGGACUAUUCACGUCAGGUUUUUUUGCCUCUUUAACGAACCUUAUCCUCUCAAUAUUGCUGACAAAGAGUGACGAGAAGUAUAUUUCCUCAUUGUGUGCUGCUUCCAGAUCUUAUGCUUAAUAUUUGGUGCCAAAAGUCUAGUCUAUACCAAGAUUGCCUUAAAUAGUAACAUAUUAUUCUCAACCACUUUACGUUUGAUGCAUUGUGUUUUUUUUUUUUUUAGCAGUCAAUAUAUGCGUAUGUGCCACGACAGACAGCGCGGUUUUCUUCCCUUAUGCACACGUACAAACCAACAUGUGUCUGACUGUGAUGAUAUGGCAAGAGGGCACCACUUUGCCAACGUGCGACACAAACACAGUUGGGCCGCUGAACCAAAAACAAAUAGCACAUCAUACUUAAAAUGUUGUCUUCUUUUUCUCAGCCAGUCUUGCUGUAACUGUUCCGCCUCCAUGUCCCUGUUGGGUUCAGACGUCCUUGAAAAUUCCCAAUUAUACGCGUCAUUGUUUAAUAAUAGAAAUAUCUUAAGAGUGAUUUAAGGUGAAUAAGUAUUUAUGCACGAUAUAAAAAUGUGAAUGUUUAUCAUGAAUUGUGGUCCAUUCAUUCGAAAUUCUUCCCACAGUUGUCCUAAAGUCCCACUCACAUCUGUCCUGCUUUCGGGCCGUCGUAGUGCCUUAUUUAUUGAAGACGGUUUUGCUGGUGUGUUGGCUGAAACUGGAAAGAGAGCAGGUUAGUUGUUGCCAAGUUGCCUUUACGUAGAUUUUUUUUUUUUUUUCAAACCCUUUUCAACAUCAGGAGAUAAAUGGUUUUCCAUUGACCAGCCCACCUUUUUUAAAAAUAUAUUUUCCAUAAUGUACCGAGGUUGUUUGUCUUUUCUGAACUAUAUAUAAUUCCCUAAACUGUCCCGUUCGUGUAUGUUGUCUGUGUUCUGAUACAUUUUUGUACUUGUAUUAUUGAUAACAAAUUUUCUUUUAUCUUAUUUCAAAGAAAUAAAGAUUGAAGUUGUAAAUA